AUGGGUGUCGCAAAAUUCUUCUCGCCGUUGCACUUGCUUGUCUCGGCUCUGGUCGCUAGCUCUCUAUGCUCGGCAAGCCCAGUUGAGUUGGAGGAGCGUCAAGUGUACGCCUUGGUCGGUGAUGGCUUCGAGCAAGCUACAACCACUCUGGGAAGCUACUACAACUACUGGAGCAAGCUGCCCAAUGGAACUUUUGACCUCACCCGCAGCAACCGCUCCCCAGUGACAACCCCCAAAGUGCUGCCGAUGAUGGGCGACCGAUCAUCAAUCAAGAUCGAACCAAACCGCACCGGCUUGGUGAUCAUUGACAUGCAAAACUUCUUCCUGCAUCCAGAUUUAAACGCGGCAGCUAAAAACGGCCGGGGUGCCGUCCAGCCAACGGUCAACAUGAUCAACGGAUUCCGCAAGCAUAACAUGAAGGUUCUCUGGGUGAACUGGGGACUGACAGAGUAUGACCUGCUGACAAUCCCGCCCGCUUUCAAGUCUGGAUUUAGUGGGGGUUCGGAUCUUGCCAAUGAGACAUUUGGCAGUGACAUGGGUACCAUCAAGGAGAAUGGGACGACGAUCGAGGUCGGCCGGAUGUUGAUGCGUGGAUCUUGGAACGCCGAGCCCUAUGGCCCACUGGAAGCUUUGAAGAAUGAAGGUCUCGCAUCCGGCACCGAUUUCUUGUUCAACAAGAACCGGCUAUCCGGACUCUGGGGUCCACAGACGCCGUUUGGACUCUGGCUCCAAGAAAACGAAGUGUCGACGCUGUUCUUCGGUGGUGUCAACGCCGAUCAAUGCGUCUGGUCUACCUUGGUGGAUGCCUACUUCAAAGGCUAUGAUGUGAUUUAUGUCGACGACAUCUCUCAGACAACAAGUCCGCCUUUUGCUCAAGAAAUGUGUCGAUACAAUGCCGACGGAUAUGGGUUUGUAGCCAACAGCACCACUAUCCUGAAAGCACUGGGGUAG